AUGAUAAAUUCUUUAAAAAAAUUAUCAAAUAGGCUUUCAAUAUAUAACAACAAUAAUAAUAAUAAUAAUAUUAAUAUUAACAAAGAUGAUAUAAAUAGAAGCAAUGUUGGGUUUUUAGUAGUGUCAUUAUUAUUUUGGUGUUUUUCAGAAAACGAUUUAAAGUUGAGAGAGGUUAAUAACUUUUUAAAAUCCACUUUUGAUUUUUAUCAUUUAUCAAACUAUCAAAUUAAUCAAUUGUAUGAAACCCAUUCACAGCUAAAUUAUUUAUAUCAAAAACAACAACAAAAACAACAGCAAAUAAAUAUAAGAAAUAAAUUAAAUAAUAAAAAUAAUGAUAAUAGUAAUAAUACCAAAAACCUCAACGAACAACAACCACAACAAUCAAUAUUGGAUUUUAACUAUGACUUUGAAUUAUAUAAUAAACAAUUUAUAAAUGAACUAUCAACAACAAAAGAAGGUAUAGCAAUUUUAAGUGAUUUAGAGCAAUAUUGUAGUAUAUUAAAAAAAGAAUUGCAAAAUUUUUUAGAUGUUUUGGAGUCAAACCAAGAAAGAGAAAGAUCUAAAUCGAACAAUCAAGAGGAACAAUUAAAUAAUAGCUAUGAUCAAAAAUUUGAAAACUAUAUUGAUGAGCUGGGCGAAACAUUUCAAAAAAAAAUAUCCACAUCACUAAAUCAAUUGGUUUCAUUAUUUCCAAAGGAUAAUCUAACAGGUAUGAUGAGUGAAGCUAUAGAAUCUUUCAUUUUAAUUCAUAUUUUUGGUCAAAUAUUCCCGAUCAAUAAAAGCAAAGAUGAUCAACUAAAAAGAAUUAUAGCAUUCACAAGAGAUACCCAACCAAUUUUAAACCACAUCGAUGUAAAACCUCAAGUUUUAGAAUCAAUUAAUUGGGAUGCAGCCAUUACCGAUCUCUCCACAAUAAACCUUCACGAAAACCCAAGAGAUAAAAUAAUGUGUAUUCUUCGUGCAUGUAGACAUAUCUCCAAGGGCUUGUCAAAGUAUGGAUCUUUUGGUGCCGAUGAAUUUAUUGGUUACUUGAUUUAUUUAACCAUUAAAACCAACCCUUCGUAUUUAUAUUCAAAUUUAAAAUUUAUUGAAUUAUUCAGAGCAGGUGACUUAAUGGUAUCAGAAGAAGGCUACUAUUUCAUCUCAUUAAAAAUGGCAACGGAUUACAUCGAAUCAAAAUUUAAAGAUUUAUAUUUAAAUUCAGAUUAUGAUAAAGAUUUAAAAAAAGAAGGAAAUAAAGAUUCAAUAUUAAAUAAUAAUAAUGACAACAAUAAUAAUAAUAAUAAUUGUAGUAAUAAUAAUAAUAUAAACAAUGAUAUAAAUAUUAACAACUCCAUCCCAAACAAUAAUAUAAAUAAUAAUAGUAUAAUUAAUAAUUUAGAAAAGAAUAUAUUUAAUUCCUCAAUAUUAGAAGAAGAAAUUAUUUCCGACCCAUUAUUAAAUAAUAAUGAUCAAGAUAAGGACGAAUACCAGUAUGAAGUCGAUGAUAGUGAUGAACCAUUAAUUCAAGAUAUUUUAGAAAACUCUGAUGAGAUAUUAUCAAACAUUACAUCUUUGGCAAUUACUAAUGGUUAUAAUGCAUUUGUUAGAUCUGCUUUAAAAAGAUUUGCUUUAAAACUACACCCAUCAACACUUGGUUUAAAAUUAUUGUUAUUAGAGAAUACUCUUAGCCAAAAACUUUUACAAGAACUUCAACAACAAGAACAGCAAGAACAAGAGCAUCAACACAGUAAAGAUAAAGAUAAAUCCAAAGAUAGCAAUCAAUCAAUUAUUAAAAAGAAUAUCAUUAAUGUCUUUGAAAGAACAAGGUCAAAUAAUAGAGCACUAAAAAUUGCAUUGGCAACUAUUGCUGGUGGUGGUUUAUUGGCAGUGGGUGGUUUAGUGGCGGCACCCUUAAUUGGUGCCGCAUUGCACGGUGCAAUUGGUAUGGGUAUACUAUCAGCAAUUUCAAUGACUGGUUUAACUGGUACUACCGUAUCUACCAUAUUAUUUGGUGCUACUGGUGCUACAAUCUCGGCCACUAGAAUGACAAAGCAUACCUCAGGUCUAAAUGAGUUUGAAUUUAGAAAAGUCAAUGGGUCAUUUGGUUUAAAUGUUGUGAUUGGUGCAUUAGGUUGGGUUCAAGAAAAAACUGGUAAUGAAGAUUUGUCUCGUUGGGAAUCAAAUUUAUUCUCUGGUAUACUGUGCUUGGGCGAAGUUUAUUCAAUUAAAUGGGAAACAUCACUAUUAUACUCACUCUACAAAUCACUGCAUGAAUACAAGUUAAAGGUCGAAGAUAAUUCUACUUUUAAUAAGUUUGCAAUUAAGAUGAUGCAUGAUGCAAUUUUACCAUCAGCAUCUCUUUUAGAAGCAGGUUCUAUUAUCAGUACAAAUUGGGGUAAAGUUAAAGAUAGAGCACAAAAAGCUGGUAAGCUAUUAGCAGAAGAAAUUUUAACAAACAAAUCAUUUGGAAGUCGUCCGAUAACUUUGGUUGGUAUUUCAAUGGGUGCUAGAAUUAUUUACUAUUGUCUCUGCUCCCUAAUAGAACAAAAAGCAUAUGGUGUGGUCGAAAAUGUACUCUUUAUAGGCGGUUGUUGUCCUAAUGAUAGUAAAAAAUGGAAGAAAAUAAGGAAAAUUGUGUCUGGUAGAGUUGUAAAUUGUUAUUCACCAAAUGAUAUAUUAUUAAAAUAUUUUUAUGAAGCAAAUAACCUAACCGAUGAAGGUGGAUCACUUGAUGCCAUUGGAUACUCACCAAUUAAAAAAAGCCAACCAACUAUCAAUAUUAAUAAUAGUAAUAUAAAUAAUAGCAAUAAUAGUAAUAAUAGUACUAAUAUUAGUAAUAGUAAUAAUACGAAUAUAUUUCCAUUUAAAUUUAAAUUUAAUAAUCAUUCAAAAGAUGAUAGUUUAAAAGAAUCAAAUAAUAAAACAACCUCAACUACAACCACAACUAAAGCAACAGAAAAAAUCAAUAUAGUAUCACUAAAAGCUGAAUCAUCAUUCAAAAUUAAUAAAAAGAAUUUAAAGGAUAACGAACUAAAGGAAUUAAACAACAAAUACUAUUUAGAUUUAAUUGAAGAUGUUGAUGUCAGCUCAAUUAUAACAUCACAUUUAGAUUACCAAAAAGAUCAGGUUCAGAGAAUUAUAUUCUCUCAUGUUAACAUAGAUUCAGUUGAACAGUGCCCCAAUAUAUUAAUGACAUCACCAAAUACAAUAUUAUUUUUAGAAGAAUCAAUGAAGAAACAAAAAGAAGAAAUUGAAGAGUUACAAAAGAAAAAUCAAAAGAAAAAGCAAUUUAAAAAAACAAAUAGUAAAUUUAAUUUUAAUGGAGAAGAUGAAAAUAGUGAAGAUGGUAUCGAAAAUAGUAAUGACAAUAAAAAAGAUGAUGAUAAUAAAGAAGAAAAUAAAAACAACAACAAUAACAAUAAAAAUGGCAUUAACAAUAACAAUAAAAAUGUGGACAUAAAAAAAAACCAUGGAAUCAGUAAUAUUGAAAUGUCUCCAAUAAUUGAUGAAGAAAUUACUAUUGAUAAUGUCGCACUUAAAGAUAUUAAAUUUUAA